UUCUCUGUCUCUCAUUCUCCCUCUCUCCUAUUCUGAGUUCCUCUCGAGAUCUCUGUGCGCUUCAUCGACGAUGUAAACAGACUGAUAUUUUUUGGAGAAAAUCUUCACCUUUCUACUCCAAAUUACUUUUCUGUACAUUUGUCUGCUGUUAUUUCUUCAACUACAGCCGUGCGUGCACGAAAAUGACGCACCUAUAGGUGAAAUACGCGCGCAUCAACAACCAGCAUUUCUUCGAUGACACUGUCGUUGAUUGGUAACGAUUCCUGGGAUAACAGUUGGACAUAUCGAAAGAAAGUGGUAUCAGUGCGAGCAAAGCAUAAUCCUAUGCAAUUGUUAAACGAUGGAGUCAUUGCUAGAAACUACCAAAUAAACAUGGAAGCGCUAUUCAAAAAUCCGACAGUUUUACAUUCAGCAUAUUAAGGAUAUGCUUUACAUGAACACGGAGGGAAUAAUUCAAUGAACAAAAUUAUAAGGAAUGAUAUUCUAUUUGAAUCUAUUGGAUGUCAGAUAAGCUAAAAAAUGUCUGGUGAUUCAGGAUGGAGUGCUGUUAUUCACCAUCCUUCGGAACUAGAAUUACAGAAUUGGAAUUGGGAAGAAAACGAUGGGGAGCAAGAAAGGGAGCUUCCUUCAACUGUUGAUAUGGAUGCCAUAAAAGGUGGUGGUAGCUGGGACCCAACCACUGAACCUAAUGGAACAGAUUCGGUUGAUUCCGAAGAAGACUCUGAUUCCGACGAGGAAAGUUCUGGUGGUACAGAAGGUAGUUGUUCUUACUCGGAUUCGAAUUCAGACUCGGACGACGAAAGUAGUGGCGACGAGGAAGAAGAUACAGGUUCCAAUUCGGAUUGUACAUCGGAACAUAGCGAACAAACAUUUUCUAUUCAGGAAACAAAUUUUGAAUCGGGAGCGCUUAAAUUGAAGAUCACUAUGAAAGGACCAAAAAAGGAAGAUUUGGAAAAAGUAAAAUGUGAAAAAAACAGAAGAAACGUGCCGAAAAAAGCUAAAACUAAUCGAGGGGGAAAGUCAUCUGAAUGCAGUAGCGACGAUUCUGACUCGUCGGAAAGCCGAUUACCUUCACAACAACAACAACAACAGCAACAACAACAACAGCAGCAGCAGCAACCGCAACAAACACAACAGGCACAACAGUCUCAGCAGCAACAACAGCCACAGCAGCAUCCGCCACUUCAGGAAAUCAAUCAGGAAGAUUUAGCAGCUAUUUUACCGGAUCAGGAGCACGAGGACGCUCCGUUUGAUGGAUUUGAAGAUUCGGAAAGCGGUCGGUUAGUAUCGAAAGCUAUCGAGCGGAUGUCACUCGGAGCAGAUUCAGAUACGAGUGAAAAUGGUGAUCAGAACCCUGUACCUGUGUAUAGUUCCACCUUAUUGCAACAAUUUGUUGAAAAAACGGCUCUGUUAUCGGAGCCAAGAAAAAGGCGAAGUAAGUUAGGUAAAAAAGUAAACGAUUCAGAGUAUCCUUGUGUUUCGAAUGUAUCUCCGGACUCAGGAAUUCAGUCGGUGGAUAACAGUCCAUUGCAUUCGGCAAUUAGUCCUGUAAGUCCUCCGGCGCCGACACAAUCCCCAGUGCAACCAGUUGUUACGAAACCAGCGGUAAAUGUAGAUCGUGUUUUGUAUCCACCUAAACGAAAACCUGGUAGACCGGCAAAAACAGUUUCCACGCAGCCCCGUGGACCAGGUAGGCCAAGGUUGAAACCAGAAAUCGUUGAAAAGAUAGAAAAAAUAGAAAAAACAGAGAAAACUGGGAAGAACGAGAAGAUCGAAAAGAAAGAGACUGCUCCACAACCGAUAAAAAACAUGAAGGAAGAACCUACUAAAAAGGGGAAAACGAAGUCGGCGCCGCAAAAGACCGCUGCAUCUCGCACGAAUAAGAGUGAAGAAAAUGAAGCGACUAAAAAAUCGAAAGAGAAACCAGCUUGUCAAAAGAAACGGAGCUGUAACGUGCCCAAACAAUGUACGAAAGGAAAGGUAACUGGAAAAAGAAAUAAUGCAAGUUCCCCAGCGCGUGUCAAGUGCCUAAGCAGAACUGUUACAAGUAAGUAUGGAAAAGAAGGAGUUCAAUGCAACGGUGGAACGUGUAAGAAAAUGAAGAAAGAGAAACCUGGAACAGGGAACAAGACAACUCCGUUACGGCGACAGAAACAAUCGACUGGCGAUCGAAUCUCAAAUGAUAAGAAAGUAGUCAACUCAAGCAAAAGAAGUUUGAAAGAGAAUAGAAGUAAUACCGCUUCUACAGCUAAUAAGAGGCAAGCAUUGUUAAAGAAAAACGUCGCGCCAGUUACGCGACGUGUAUUGAAAGAAAACAAAAGUACUAAAAAGGCAGGAACUGGAUUUGAAACUAGCGGCGUUGGCGUUCAGACUUUAAUAUCUUUACCUGUUGGCGAGGUGUUGAAGUCCGAAAAAGUUGAAAAUGUAACAAAUAAAUGUGACAAGGCAACACAGCCUAUACACAACCAUUGCCACAAACAUCAUCAUCACAAGCAUCGAAGACGAUUAGUUUUGCCACCUAAAAAUCCUAUACGCAUCCAUCCAUGUCUCAUACAAGAGUUAGAGAAGUUGAUCGAGGAAUUUUCCAGAUUGUGCAGUUUAGGUAGGAACAAUUCAAAUUCCGGAUAUUCCGAAUUACCCCAAAUCUUUCGUGUAAAGAAGUUAACAAAAAAGCGGAAAGGAGGCGAUGUUACCACAAACGAUGAUCAGAAAUUAAAAAGACGUCUCAAGAAGGAGAAAAUUCUGUCAGGUACAGAUUCGAAGAAUAGUAUGAACUCUAAUCCAAACGAGCAAAGGUUACCAUUAAAGAAGAGACAUUAUCACGUGUCGAGCCCUCACAGUUCACAAAGUUCGAACGCGAGUGGCGCUGACAUGGCUGUUAACGAAGCAAACUCUACAGAGAGUCACAUAGAAGAAGCAAUAGAAGCUACAAUAACGAGAUACGGUGGCAGCUCUGCAUUUUCCUUCCAAGAAGAUUCUGUACCUGUUACUCCUAAGAAACGGCACAGGGAUACGGAAGCUGGUAGUCCCGACAAGUCAAGUGCAGCAUCUUCCGAUUUGUUCGAGGAAAAACCUUUGAGUCAAAUAGAAGUACAACCACGACGUAAAAAGAAAAUUGUCAAAGAUCUUCGUGUGACAGUUACAAAAUUACCCGCCGAGAGUCAAGGUGCUUCAGAAAAAGGGGAGAAAAUGGACAAAGCUGAGAAAUCUGAAAAAUAUUCCAGCGAUACCAGAAGCUUAAAAAGUCGUGCAGAGAAAGGUAGUAGGGGUGAAAAAGUAGGUGCAGAUAGAUUGAUAAAAUACGACAAGAAUCAAAUGGAUAAGGUUGAGAAAAGAGACAUUUCACCAGAUCAUGUACGCUUAGAAAAAAAUAUAAAAAUUGAUGCGGCAGAAUUUAAUGCGAUGGAGAGUUUCGAUGAAAAUGAAGGUACGAAUGAAACUAAACCAACCCAAAAUAGUCUUCAUUCAAAUGUUUCAAAUCCCAUAAAUUCUUCUACUGUCUUAGUUUUGACCAAAAAGAAAAACUAUCGACGGAGGAAAAAUAUCAAUCGUACAGGCUUUCCGACGUUAAAAAAGAGAAAGAAAAGAUCCUUGAAUACAAACGAUAUAUCGACGGACACGACGAAGACUAUAUCGUUAAGUAACGAAGACGGUCCGAACGUUAGUGCUAAUGGUAAUUCGGUGAAAGAAGGAACGGAAGAUUCAGUAGUAGAUAGUAAAACGAGCGUGUUAAACAAUACCAACAUACAAGAUAUUUUUGCCGAAGGACUUUCAACUAAACACAAUAGUAAUGUUGCGCAAAGUCGAGCUCAAUCAAAAACUGAUCUGAAUGCGAGACAGGAGGGCUCAAAUUUACCAAAAUCAGAAGCGAAUGGUCACAUUCGUUCUGACCAAUUUUCUGAACCUCGUUCGGGUCAGUUGAGAGUUCGCAAGGAUCUUGUAGAAACUGAUAAUGAUAAUGCAUCAAACAAACUAUGUCCUGUUAAAUUUGAGAAGAUUCAAGAUUCGAGACUCUACGAUGAAAAUGCACCUUUAGAGGGGACUCUCGAGAGAUUCAGUUCGAAUCAACGCGUUGUCGAUGUAAAUGAAGAAAAUGUGAAAAAACUUGAACGUGCAAGCUCCCAUACAAACAUCAAGACGGAACAUUCAGGCUCAUUUAAUGGUAAUCAAAGAAAGCGAAGAGGUUCUUCAAGCCCUUGUAAUUUAACUCCUAGAAAUAUAAAACGUCUACGUAGUUCAGGCUAUGAUACGGAGAACGACAUCUUGCCUAAUAGCGAUAUACUUAGCGACGACCAUGAGGUAGGAAAGCACUCAAACUCGACGCAUACUAGAAAGAAACAAUCGCGGUGGAAGAAACGUUAUUUACAGGGAGGCAUUCUACAGGAGUAUGGCAAAGAUUUUGAGGGAAAAACGCGCGGUAGCAUCGAGAAUAGCAAUGCUAUCGGAAGGAAUAAGGUUGUAUGUGAAACUAAUGAAUCUGCGUCCGCUGCAUUGUUAUCCGCCACGUAUCAGUGUGGCAAGCUUUUGCGACAAAGAAAAAUGCCGUUUCAAUUACCGUACGAUUUAUGGUGGCUGCAUACACAAUCUAGACUCCCUGGCAGAGAAUCAGUUCCAUCGUGGAAUUACAAGAAAAUUCGUACUAACGUGUAUUACGAUGUCAAACCGACUACGCUUUAUGAAGCGCAGGCCUGUGAAUGCAAGCCAGAAAGCGGUUGUGGAGACGAUUGCAUCAAUCGCAUGGUUUUCAGCGAAUGUUCUCCGCAACUUUGUCCCUGUGGUGAUAAAUGUGAGAAUCAAAAGAUUCAGAAACACGAAUGGGCACCAGGUUUACAGAAAUUCAUGACGGAAGAUAAAGGUUGGGGCGUGAGGACUCAACAGUCUAUUAAAUCUGGUGUCUUUAUCCUCGAAUAUGUCGGGGAAGUGGUAUCUGAAAGGGAAUUUAAGUCAAGAAUGGCGACCAGAUACGCCAAUGAUACGCAUCAUUAUUGCUUGCACCUUGACGGAGGUUUGGUAAUUGAUGGUCAUCGUAUGGGUGGCGACGGAAGAUUUGUAAAUCAUUCUUGCGAACCUAAUUGCGAGAUGCAAAAAUGGAGCGUUCAUGGUCUUCCGCGUAUGGCGUUAUUCGCUUCUAGGGACAUUAAGCCGGGGGAAGAGUUGACAUAUGAUUAUAAUUUUGCACUUUUUAAUCCAUCUGAGGGACAGGAGUGUCGAUGCGGUAGUAGCGGUUGUCGAGGAGUGAUCGGUGGAAAGAGCCAAAGGGUUUCGAAGAGUAUUACUUCCAUACCGUCGCAGUUAGAGCCGACAGAGAGACGAUCGGUCGGAAGACCAAGGAAGAACGUAAGAAAAUCUAACACAGUACAGUCUGUGAACUCAAAAGGCAUUUGUAAAUCUCGGAAAGUAGGCGAUUCUAAUUUAAUUAAUGCCCCUAUAUUAAAACCUAUGUCUCAUCAGCAACGAUGCUUUGCACAGCAACAUCAUUGCUUCUUAUUAAGAAAUUUAGAAAAAGUCAGACGGGUUAAGUUACUGGUAAAUCAAGUACAAAUGCAAAAUGGUAAAGUGAAAUGCGGUAACGCAACUAAUGUAAAAGAAAAGAGUUCUGGUGAUACUAAGAUUCAAUCUGAUGCAUUUUUCACGCAAUUAUCUGCUCUGACUAAUACAACUACACGCACUGUGCGUACUCGACGACUAGCUCAAGCACAAGAUGAUCCGGAAGUACAUAAAACUGCAAAAUUAGCUAAGGCGUUGAAAGAUCUAUAUAGUAUCGUGGCAACUGCAAAAGAUGAAAAUGGACAAUUAUUGUGUACACCAUUUAUAACGUUACCUUCGAAGAGAAAGUUGCCCGAUUAUUACGAAAAAAUAGCAGAUCCUAUAGACAUGACAACGAUCGAUCAGUGUAUUGGUACAGGUCAUUACAAAACUGCAGAACAUUUUGAUCAUGAUAUGAUUAAACUUUUUGAUAACAAUGUUAGAUUCUUCGGAAGAACUUCAGAAAUGGGUAUUGCCGCAGCUAGGUUAAGAAAAUUAUAUUUAGGAAGCAAACCCGAUUUCGUGGACGCGAUAACAGAAGCAACGGGUUGCCCACCAUCUCAAGGUUUCUUACCUCCUCGUGGUUCAACCGCGGGUGAGGAAGAUGUCAUUAGAUGUAUUUGCGGCUUACAUAGGGAUGAAGGUUUGAUGAUACAGUGCGAACGCUGCCUUGUAUGGCAACAUUGCGAUUGCGUUAAAGCUGAUACAAGUAUAGAAUCUUAUUUAUGUGAGAGAUGUCACCCUCGUCCCGUGGACCUGGAAAUUCCAUUAGAAGGUGACGAGGAAGAAGAAGGCAAAAAACAUUAUGUCACUUUGAUGCGGGGUGAUUUGCAACUUAGGCAGGGAGACACUGUAUACGUAUUACGAGAUACACCUGAAAAACAUACGUACAAAACUAUUCAGAAACCCGAUUACGAACAAAUGGACAUUUUCAGAAUCGAAAGACUUUGGAAAAACGCCGAAGGUGAAAGAUUUGUAUUUGGUCAUCAUUAUUUAAGACCACAUGAAACGUAUCACGAGCCGACUAGAAAGUUUUAUGAGAAUGAAGUCGUCUGUGCGCCACUUUACGAAGCCGUUCCAUGCGAUUUAGUUGCUGAACGCUGUUGGGUUCUUGAUCCUCAUACGUUCUGUAAAGGACGACCGGUUGGUUCUACACCAGAGCAUACUUACGUUUGCGAGUAUCGCGUUGAUCGUGCUGCUCGAUUAUUUACAAAAGUUGCCAGAGCUAGGCAUCAAGUUUGCACGAAGCCUUAUGCAUUCGAAACAUUUCCACAACGCAUUAAACAUUAUCGUACAUAUUUGCCUCAUAGUCUGGAAGGAAUUCAAAUAGGAAGUAAGAUGAAUAAAGAGAAAAAGAAAGCAAAUAAUCAAGAUGUUGAUAAUAAUCAUAAGUCUGAGGCUAAUGAAAAUGCAAAAACGCACACGAAGGAUCAACAAAAAUCUUCUACGAAUAAGGGUAGACGCCGAUCGAAUGAAAUUUUAACUAUUGCUACGCCUGCUACGUCGUAUGCCCAGAGAGAAGAACAAAGAAGAAGAUUGAACAAUAUAUUGAUCGGCCUGCUACAAAAAAUGCCGAAUAAAAAGGAUCCUUUGGACUUGUCGUUUUUACUAGAAAGGAACAGACGAAAUCGUAAAAGGCCAGGUGGAUUAAAUCCGUGACAUUGGAUUAUACAUGAUCGAUAAUAUGGCAUUAUCUAUACGUAUAUGUGUUGUGCGUGUAUGAUACUCGCACAUAACCGAUGCAUGCACGCACAUAUAGGUACUAUAUAGGUAAUAUGUGCCAUUGCUAAUCUCUAUCACAGUUAAAUCUGUAAUCAAAGUGAUCGACCGAUCUAUUGUUUCAUUUUGCUGUACGUAAUCAAUGUCAUCUAAUCUGUUUUAUAAGAAAAACGCUAAUCAAUGCGUUUUCUUCUCCUUCUUACACUAUGACCCGUCCAUUCGUAUAAUUUAAUCUUACAUAUGAAGGCUACUUCUCUCGGACAUUGUAUCGAUCGAGAUCUUUUUAUAUAUUGUUUU